AUGCAUGAGGAUUUUGUGAUCAUUGUGGAGGAGCUUUGUUGUUACUUGGAUAAGGAAGAGAUGGAAAUCAAGGUGGUGGUCGCUCGGAGUAUAUGGCUAAGACGAAAUGCUUUGGUUCAUGGGGAAAAGGUUAGUCCUAGUAAUGUAGUGGUCAAGAAUGCAAUUGAUUCUUUGGAGGCCUACCGUACAGCUAAUUCCCAGAUUAAGGGAGUAAUAGAGAGGGAUAAUACAAAGGUUCUCCAUUGGAAAGCUCCAAAAGAUGACUUUGUUAAAGUUAAUUGGGAUGCAGCCGUGGAUAAACACAAAAGGAAAAUGGGAAUAGGUGUUAUAGUCCGAGAUAGCAUGGGAGAGGUGUUGACAACUUUAUCAGCACCAAAAGACUAUAUCAACGAGCCUGAUAUUGCGGAGGUAAUGGCGGCAUUGAGGAUUGUUCUUUUUUGUGGCGAGUUAGGUUUCCUUCGGGUGAUCCUGGAAGCCCACAACUUAGCAAAGGAAGCUUUAUCAUCGAGUUUAGAACACAGCCUUAUUGAGGAAAUCUCCCUUUGUAUCUCUGAUAUCAUUUAUGUAGAGCGUAAUGCUUAA